AUGGCUGUUGCUGAUUAUAAGAGGUAUCUCGCUGAGAAUGUUAUCAAUGAGCGACGCACGGUCACCUACCGGUCGUUAGGUAGAGCCCUUCGGGUUCAUAGUACCCUGGCCAAGCAGAUGCUCUUUGAUUUCCACCGCAACGAAAACAACAAGAAGCAAAACAGCGUCAAUGCGACUUACAUUAUCACGGGGAUCCAGAAAGCGCCCGAGACCCCUUCCACAACGAAUGGCCUUCAGGACAGCUUCGAUGGCAUUCCCCAGAGCAGUCCCUACAUCAGCAGUUCGAUGCCGAACCAGGAUGUCGCUAGGGAUGAGAUCGCCAUGUCCUCGGUUGUGCUUGCACGGGAGGAAGACUUGGAGGAUGCCAAGGCGACUUUCCAAUCAAUCUCCUCGAUAUACGUCUACAGCCUUCAGCCAACCGUGCUUCAGGAUCUCAACGUCUUGACAGAUGUUGCGGGAGAGAUGAUCGCCAAGCAUGCUCAGGAGGAUCCCUUAGAAUACGGCAAGACCUGGGGCAUGAUCCAGGGCAACAAUGUCCGGAGAAGAACCGGCGGUCGCCCUCCCGUACCAGCUCCCGCUCAGGCUCCAGCUCCUCCUAAGGCGACUAUUCCAGCUAAGCGUCCUGUUAAGGAAGAAGAAACAUCACAACCCAAGAAAGAAUCUGAAGACAAGGCCCCGAAGACGGAGACAACGGCCAAACACGAGGAACCUCCAGCGUCUAAGCCAACUGAGAAGACAGCUCCUCCAAAGCAAAAGGGCAGUAUUUUUAGCUCUUUUGCAAAGGCCAAGCCGAAGCAGAAAAAGGAAGAAUCAGCAACGCCGGCCACUUCGGCUGCCGAAUCGGCUGAACCCAGUGCUGCUGAAGAUGUGGUUCUAGACGACGCAUCAGACGGGGAUGAGGAGCCCGAGGAGCUCUUCCGAGACUCAGGGAAGUCCGCAUCCGCCGGUACACGUGAGUCGCGGAAAGAGCGUGAAGAGAGGCUCAGAAAAAUGAUGGAAGAUGAUGACGAAGACGAAGACGAAGAAAUGCCCGAUGCUGCACCGUCACCGGAAGAGUCUAAACCUAUCGACGAGCCGCCGCCGAAACAGGCUGAACUCAAGGAAGAAGUUACGGUGAAGGGCGGUCGUCGCAGGGGCAGACGCCAAGUCAUGAAGAAGAAGACAGUCAAGGACGAUGAGGGCUAUCUUGUGACUGUUGAGGAACCAAGCUGGGAGUCAUUCUCAGAGGACGAGCCAGCACCGCCUCCCAAGAAGAAGCCCGCUGUGAGUGCGCCCAAGGGCAAACCAGCAGCGAAACCGGGACAGGGUAGCAUCAUGUCCUUCUUCUCGAAGAAGUGA